AUGAAACACCCAGAAACAGCUUCCAGAGCCUGACAGGUUAUAAUCCAGAUUCAUUUUAUCCUGUCAAUGUAUUUCCCCUGCUUGUAUGAGUGAGUACAGCCAGAAGAUGUUGCAUCUACCAGCUUCUGCCUUUGGCAAACAGACAACCUAACCGUGGGUGCCAUCCAGAAUUCCUCCCAGCCGGUGGGAGCUUAGUUGGGACAGCGAAGCCGGUCUUUGGAAUACACCUUUUGCUAUGAAUAGGAAAGUGAGCCUCGUCUAAGGAAUGUAACCUGUUUUCUGCACAAUGGAAAUGCUGCCAAAGGUAAUUUGGUCCGAUCCCCAGCCAACGAUAACCAGCCCAGAUAUCUGUGCCAUGGAAGGUUAUGGCUACGCCAGAGGCCAGGGGUCUCCUACGCCAGGAGAAACAGCCAGCCCCAAAAGCUAUUUUCAGCAGAGUCCAUCUUUACCUGCCUCUGGAUUAACUGAAUUCAGUGGUGUCGAUCCCGUCACCUGGGAUACAUCUCCAUCUAAGACUCAGGCACUGCCUGCCGUGAGAGAUUCAGCAUUGACUGCUGGUGUCCCUCGGAAGCAGUAUGUGGGGGUGAGGGUAAAAAUGCCAGUGUGUGAGUUGCUGAGGAAAAUACGCCUCUCCAAAGGGACAGAGUCCAGUGACAUCAAGGAAACGCCUGGAAAAGUGUGUACCAAAAAGACUUCAAAAAGAGCAGGAAAAAAAAGAGCUCACUCGGAGAGGCCUUACAAGCAAAAUAGCCAUCAGGCAGCCUUAAAGAGUGUGGAGGACUUGGACAUCCUAGUCGAAGUACUUCAGGAAGACCUGGACGAGAGCCAUUCCAAGCUAGGGUUGCAGUUGCCUAUGCAGUGUGAGCUUGGGGGCGUGUACCAAGAAGCUGCCGCCGGCAACCCACAACCAAAUGGAAACUGGCUAGGAAGCAGUUGGGAGACAGAUGGAAUCCAGUCUUUCUCCACUCCGGGCACAUUACCCCAUCCAUGUGCUGAGAAUUUCUAUGGAUUUGAUUGCAGAAAGAUGCAACAACGCCAAAAUUCUUGUGUAGAAGAAAGACCCUGCCUGGUGGAGAAUGGGGCUGUUGUACAUCCUAGGGAGAGUUUCCAAGGCUUUGGCAGGGAGAUUAGGCCUCAUGGCCAAUAUCCACUGGGGCAUGAUUUGCCGGAGACUUUGGAAGAUGACGCAGCUGCCUUGUAUGAUGAGGGACACCCAAAGUCAAGUGCAGGUUCUUUUGUGGGCCAGGAGGCCGCUGGCAUUUCUUUGUUCCAGUUCCAGCUCCACCGUGAGGAGAGUUGGCUAAGGAACACCUCAGUGGACAAGUUGCUCACACCAGAUAAAAAUGGCAACAGGCUUCUUCACAAGGCCGUUGCACAGGGGGAAAGGGCCCUAGCAUAUGUGCUGGCAUGGAGGUUUGCACAUCUGAACAUAAUUGACGGGAAGAAUGAAGAGAAGCAGACUGCCUUGCACAUAGCAGCUGGAAGGAACCAUCAUCUCAUUGCCAGUGACCUCAUCUCUCUGGGUGCCCAUGUCAACGUGAGGGACAGUUCAGAGAAGACACCCUUGCACCUCUGUGCUGAGAAGGGCUAUCUGAAGGUUCUGGAAGUGUUGAAAAGCUGUCAGGAAAAUGGCAUCCAUGUUGAAGUAGACGCAACUGACAACCAGGGCUUGACACCAUUACAGUGUGCAGCUUUGGCUCACUGUACACAUGCAACAGACCUGGGAAUCAGCCAUCUUUCCCCUGAGGCCUGGAAGCUUCUGAAUCUCCAUCAGGAUCAGAUACUGAGUGGCAUCAAGUGCUUGAUGCAAAUGGGGGCUGACCCGUGGUGGGGGCAAGGAACAAACCCAUCAACUCAAGUUUCAAAUUAUUUUGCAAAAGUCCAGCAAAAUAAUGAACUGAUGUGUUUUUUUCCAAACUCACAAGCCCCAAUGGCAGCAGGAUUCCAGCUUGCUCCCUGGACCAGAUGGAACGUCCCUUCUGCAUUUACAAGGAGAAGAACUGGAGCUACCAAUGGUUUCGCUUCCAGGUUUCCUUGACCAUUUCGCUGAAGAUGCCACGUAAACAGAAGACUGAGCACACCAGGUAGUCAUGGAUGUCCUAGAGCACUGGUGUAAUGGAGCAGAUGUGCUUCAGGGGGCUGGGAUUGCAUACUAGGUGAUCCAAAGCCUCUAGAAGGCCUCCAUGAACUUUAAGAAGUUGGAGAACCCAUUUCUGCCAUGCUGUUGGCAAAAGAACAGCUCGAGAACAGACAGUAAAAGUCUUUGAACAUGUGAAGGCUUGGGCUAUGCUGGAGACAUGUCUUCAGAAAGGUUACAGUAGAAGACCACUGAAUAGUAUAGAUAAGAAAGGGUAGCAUCCCCCCCGCCAAACCACAUGUGCUAAACAGAUAAAGAGGCCACCAGGACCACCGUCAGCCCCCAUCCCUGAGGUUCCCCACCCCUGCCUUAACUGAUCCUGCUCUCAAAAUACCAAGUGCAAGAGAUAAUCCUCUGUGAUGGAUGGUGGUCCUUCAAGCAGUCAGUAUUGAGCUUAAUGGACCUGUGGUUUGAUAUCCAUAGGCUCACAGAGACAGAUUUUAUAGCAGUGAUCACAGAAUUUGGAAAUCUAGCUCUAAAGAAGACAUAGGGCUUUCCUGCAUUCACCUGUGAUCAUUAGUUCACAAAUAUUUGUUUUUAAUUAUUAGGUCACAAAUGUGUUUGGCAUGAACUUGGGGAAAGCAAAGCAAAGCAAAACAAAACAAACCUUGCUCUGAGCAUGUGUUUCCAGCAAAAGCCGCAAUCCUUCGUUAUUGAUGCAAUCAAAGUUUACAGAGGUUGUUUUGUGUGUGCAUAACAAAUGGGCAGACAAGUCUGGAACUGUACAGAUGGAGCUGGACAAGUGACUCAUCAGGCUGUGUGAAAACUGCUUCCCAAUACUUUUGGAUACUGAAUUUUUGGUGCAAACUCUCAAUAUUAUGUGGAAACAACCAACCCCUUCAAUUCUGUGCUGAAUGCUGGUGCCUGUUCCCAGUAGAGAAGAGGCACCAGCAGCCAAAGUGACAGGAUUUAUGCCUGCAGUCAACAGCUGUUGAAUUGAGAGGGGGGUUAAAUCUUGCUCAAUUUAUCUGCAUGCACCCUAGGACCACAAAGAACUUCUUUAUACAGUGAGGCAAGCACACAAGAAGCAGAGGACCAAGAGUUAACAGUGUAACACAUUUCUUUGACCAGCCCCAGAACCUUUGUAGCUGGAUAUCAGUGCAUUUGUAGUGAUAGUUGUCUGUCACCAAGUUGUUUGGUGAUCCAUUUUAAAAGCAUGCGGCAGGGCUUGAAACAGCAACACCUUGGUCUUAAAUGCAAGCCUCGCUACUUUUGGUAAUAAUACUCACUUCCAAAGGAAGUGUGCUCAGGGUUGCAG